AUGAAGAGCACCCGCAGCACCUCCUCCUUCCAGGGUGCCGCUUCUGGCAGUGUGGAUCUGAGCCUGACGGGCCUCCCCGCACCGGUCUCGCGGCGCCCUAGCAGUGCCUCUCCCGCCAAACACAUGGCACGCUCCGUCUCGGUCACCGCCGAUGGCAAACCGAAGAGGAACGCUCUGGAAGAUGCGGGAUCCCGGGCAAUGAACAACCUCCGGAGGUCCAACAGCACCACCCACGUUAACCAGCGGGUGAACAGCACGCACAGCUCAGAGCAGGCGGGAGACUUCCUGACCUUCUUUGAGAGCGGUGCCGGGGGCAGAAAGAAACUGGCGAGUCUGAGCAAAACCUCCCCGGAAAAGAAAACCACGUGGAACAUCUUGGAUGAUCAGCCACGAGUGUUCCCGGGCCCCUCCAGCUCCCACGGCAUUGAGCCGCCAGCAGGCAUGAGGAGGAAAGAAGCCACUGUGCUCCUGGCAGCCAACUUCACUGCCAACAACAGGAGCAACAAGGGUGCAAUGGGAAACUCUGUCACCACCAUGGUGCACAACAACUACUCCACCACUGAGAAGGGUCCUGCGCCCAAGAGCUCCAACCAGGCACCCAGCUCCCUCAACAAUGUUGUGAAAGCAACGUCAAAUGAGGACAGCGAAAGCAGCAGCUUCGUGAAGUCUCAGAAGAAUUUCUCCAGCAACAACAUCAUGACCCGCAACAACAACAGCAGCCUGCCCCGGAGGAAGGAGGUGACUGAGGAGGAGGCAGAGAGGUUCAUCCAGCAGGUGAACCUGGCCGCCGUCACCAUCCAGCGCUGGUACCGACGCCACUCGCAACGGCGUAAGGCAGGAGCAGCGGCUCUAGGGCGCUUGCUGGCUUCCAAAAGGGAGGAAAGGCAGCAGCGGAUGGAGGAAGGGAAUAUCUUGGAUUUGCACGAGAGAAAGGAUGAGGAACGGCGGAAGAUCCGAGAGGAGAAGGCGCGCCUGGCCCGACGUGCUGCCAUCCAGGAACUGCACCAGAAAAGGGCCCAAAAGGCUUUGGACGCAAAGCGCUUGGCAGAAGAAGAGAUUACGCUGGUGAAGGAGAGCAGAAGGGUAGCAAAGAAGAAGCCUGCCAAACCUGCUUCUGCAAGGAACGUCAGUCCAGCCGGUAGCGUCACCAAAGCCAAUAAUGCUGGUGAGUCCCUUCUGAAGGUCCCUGAUGCUUUUGGAGCAGUGUGUGACAUGAGGGGUAAGGAGGAGGACGGAGGAGCGGCUCGCACUCAGGGGAGCUGCUUCGAAGGGGCUUUGUUGCAAGUGCCUGAGAACAGUCUGGUUCCUCCAGAGGCCAAUUUCCCCGCAGAGCCAGAAGAAAGCGGCCUCGCAGACCUCGGCUCCAUGCCCUCACGGGACCCCGGGGUAGAGGACAAGCUGCAGGAUGUGAGUUCCAGAGAGACAGGUGGAGAAGAUCUGGAGACGGUGGUGACUGCUGUCAGCAGGGCUCAGUCCAAGGUCACUCUCAAUGAGCUGCUGGACACGCUCAGGCUGUUGGAGGAAGAGCCAGAGCUGCUGCCCCCACCGAAGCUCUUCAAGAAGGACAGAUAUGCCUGGAUAGACGGGGAGCCCAGCUCCAAUUCCCUGACCGCUGAUAACUUGGAGAAGUUUGGAAAGCUGAACCACUCCCCGGGGGUCCCUGAGGACGGGGCCCUGCUCUCGGAGGCCAAGCUCCAAAGCAUCAUCAGUUUCCUGGAUGAGAUGGAGAAGUCGGAACAGGAGAGGCCCAGGUCAGCCGCCUCGGCCACGCAGCGGGAGGGUCUCUUCUCGGAAGAGGAGCUGGCUCACUUGGAGCAGGCGUCGGCUGUUGCCACGGAGGUCACGAGCUCCAUCAUGAGGCUGAAGCUGGAAGUGGAGGAGAAGAAACGAGCCAUCAGCCUGCUGCAGACAGCCCUGGCUCAGCAGAGGGAACUGACUGUGCGGCACGUCAAACAGACCGAGAAGGAGCUCGGCCACCAGCUCAGGCUGCAGAGGGAACAGUAUGAGGCAGCUAUCCAAAGGCAUCUGGCCUUCAUCGACCAGCUCAUCGAUGAUAAGAAGGUGCUGAGUGAGAAGUGUGAGGCUGUGGUAGCUGAGCUGAAACAAGUGGACCAGAAGUACGGCAAGAAGAUCACCCAGAUGCAGGAGCAGCACGAGCUGGAGAUUAAGAAACUGAAAGAACUGAUGAGCGCAACCGAGAAAAUCAGGCGGGAGAAGUGGAUUGAUGAGAAAACCAAAAAGAUCAAAGAAAUCACCGUGAAAGGGCUGGAGCCGGAGAUCCAGAAGCUCAUUGCCAAGCACAGGCAGGACAUCAGGAAGCUGAAGAUGCUUCACGAGGCUGAGCUGCUGCAGUCGGACGAGCGGGCUGCCCAGCGCUACGGCCGGCAGGCGGAGGAGCUGCGGGACCUGCUGGAGCGGGAGAAGGAGGAACAGAGCCAACGGGAGAGGGAACUGGCCCGACAGCGGUGUGAGCAGCAGCUGGAGCAGGAGGAGCAGGCGCUGCAGCAGCAGCGGCGCCGGCUCUACGCAGAGGUGGCCGAGGAGAAGGAGCGGCUCAGCCAGCAAGCAGCAGAAGUGAAGGUGCUGAAGGACCGGCUGGAGAUCGAGAAGCAGGCCUGGGAGGCAAACUAUGUGAAGAAGGAGGAAGCCUGGCUGCUCUCCCGGGAGCGGGAGCUGCGGGAGGAGAUGAGGAAGGAGAGAGACAAAGAGAUCGAGUUGGUGAUCCAGCGCCUUGAGGCUGACAUGUCCUCGGCUAAGGAGGAGUGCGAGAGGGCAGCAGAGAACAGGAUUAAGAGGAUCCGAGACAAGUAUGAAGUAGAGCUCCAGGAGCUGGAGAGGUCCGAGCGGAAGCUGCAGGAGCGCUGCAAUGAGCUGAAGGGGCGGCUGGCAGAGCUGGAAGGGGAGAACAUUCGUCUGCAGGGCCUGCUGAAGCACAAGGAGCAGGAGGUGGAGGAGAUCCAGAAGGUGAGAGACCAGCUGUCCCAGGAGCGGAGCAGCCUGGCAGAAGUGAUCCGGCAGGAGUUUGCUGACAGGCUGGUGGGGACAGAGGAGGAGAACAAGCGGCUACAGGCGGAGAUGGCGGAGAUGAAAGCCCGACAGCGCCUGGAGCUGGACAGGGUAGUGCGGGAGAAGGACAAAGAGCUGGAAGAGGUUCACAGGAGGGUGAAGACGGCGGUCAUGAGGAAGGAGGAGAGCAUGAGCAGUCUUCGGAAGCAGUACGAAGCGGCCGUGCAGAGAGCCGACCACCUGGAAGCCCUCCUGGAGCAGCAGCGAAAGCAGCUGCUGGCCAACAACUGA